GGAGGGCGGGAGGCUGGGUGAGUUACCGAGUGCCAGUUUCCAUCAGUGGCACAGGGCUGGCGGCGGGGAGGCACGCAGGCAGGCAGGGCAGUGCAUGGGCAGCCGGAGGAGACAGAGUAGUAUAUAAGGAAGGAGCAGGAGCAGGCGGAGCCAUGAACCACUGUGUAUACCUCUGCGUGGUCCUGGCAGCUGGAGCCGUCACAGUCAGUGGGAUCGAUGUGAAAGUUCUACGCACUAUCCUGAAAUGGCGGACUGAUUGCCAGCCUCCACAGCCCCUGAAGGACUCCCACCUCGUGCAUGUGGAAUGUCAAGGACUUGCUGCCCUGCAAGACGUAAAGCAGCUGUUAGACGAAGAGAUGUGGCUUCGACUUGGCUCCCUCACCAUCAUAAACUCCUACCUCACCACCAACCUUACGCUGGAUGACCUGGUGCACUACCCUGCGCUCCACACCCUUACAUUAAAAAGGAGUCGAUUGACAGAGUGGAAAAAAUCACAUCCCUCCCCACUUCCAAGAGUGAAAAAAUUGGUGGUGGAGCAGUGUUGGGAUAAUGACACAUUCCUUGCCAAACCUGAACAGCUCACCCUGAAGCUUGGUCCUGAGUUGCAGAAUGCCCUUCCUCACCUGGAGGAGCUGUACCUCAUCGACAACUACAUGAUGGCCCUCGUAGCAGAGCCCACUGCCAUGAAGAACCUCAGCAGAUUUGUUAUUAAGGAUGGUGCAGCUAAAUGUGAAGCAGAAAACAUUUGGGUGCGAGAAUGGUAUGAUGCUGGCAAAGUGGAGGUCAACUCUACAGUCUGCUUUGUCGAGGACAUGUCACGAGUGGGACUGGAUGCCAUGAAUAUUCAAUUCACAUUUGUUGGCCUGGAAUUCAUUCAAGUUAUGAAGUAUGUCAAGAGUACUGUUGAGGACUGUCCAGCAUCCUGCACCUGUGAAGUUAAUGGCUUCCGAGAUGACACACCAAUAGCUGAUGUAGACUGCAGCUCAGCCAACUUGACACAGUUGCCAGACUUUAUCCCAAGCCAUACCAAGAGACUUUUCAUCACUAAUAAUCGUAUAACAAACAUCUCCAAAAUAUUCACUGCACCAACUUACCAAAAUUUGGAUCAAAUCAUGUUGGACAACAACCACAUUGCACAUGUAGAUGGUGACCUCUUAUAUAAUUAUAUAAGGUACCGCAGUCUGGACUUUAAAAUGAGUCUUGCCAACAACAAGUUAGAAACUCUUCCUGUCAAGCACCUGGAGAAAAUAUAUACAGAAGGAACAACUGAAGGCCACAACCACUUACCUGUUUUUAACCUCACUGGCAACCCAUGGAACUGUGACGACUGUGCCUUCCUUGUGCCCUUCCAGAAUAUGAUCUACUAUCAGUUCCUACAGAAAGAAUUUUUAAAAGAGAUCCGGUGUGGGGAGGGGAGGUAUGCCGAGGGCCAGCAGAUCAUCAUGUUGCCAGUGCGAAGCUACUGUAAGGAAAAGCCUCCCCUUGAGCCCCUUGAUAUCCUCAACAUUUGCCUUGGCAUCCUCCUUUUCCUCUUCAUCCUCAACUUUCUUCAUAACUUUGUACAGUAUCAGAGGCAUGGCAAGCUGCCCUGGAUUGUUAACAAACUCCCUUGUUGUUGAUUAGAUUCAAGGGGAAUAGAUCCUUCCAAACACUUACUGUCUUAAUACUAAGACUAUCAAAGUAUGGAAAGUAAAAGGAUUCUUACUCUUUAUUAUUUUCAAAGGUUGCUCUUUACACAUCACAUCAUUGUAUUCAAAGGUCUGUGUUCAAUGAGUUAAGCGCUGCCACUGACUGUGCAUCUCCCUGGAAUGGCAAAGUUUGUGGGCUUGCUACCCAUCAAUCCUGCUUUUUAUUGUAGCUUUGUACAUGUGUACCACUUAUGAUUAAAUUAAGCCCCAAGAAUAAUCCCUUUAUACAAGCACAAGGAUAUUGUUUCCUUAUAUUUUCAGGCAGCUCUGACAUGACAUGAAUUCUUGCUGUGGCUGUGAAUAUACACUGUGCAGAGAUGAUUGUGUCUGCCCUUUAUAUAUCUGCUAUGUGGACUCCUGAUUUAACUCACAUAUCUUUCAUAGCACUCAUCCAUCUAAACAAUACAUAGACUUAUAUAUAAGAAUAUUUCAAUGAUUCACAUCCCCAAACACAACCAGAAGAACCAGUGAUAUGAAAGAUAGGUCACAGCUAAGGACUGAGAAUCGAGUAGGAAGUUUGGUCUAGAUCUUUGAGAGUUAUAUGGUUUUCCCCUUGACCUCAAAUAACAAGUAGCUGCUGAAUGUGAGGGCUUUUUUUAAUUGCACUCUGUACAUCAGCAACUGAUGAAAUCCCUCUAAACAAUAUUAUGCACAACAUUAUUGAGCUAAAUGAAGAUUGAUGAAAUAUAGAUUUAUUUUAGGGUGCUAAGGAUGGGAUAGAUAUUGUAAUAGAGAAAGUGUUGUAUUUGAUAGUGAUGUAGCCUUUUAUCUUAUGUAAUUGCUGACUUUUGAUACUUAGAACCAGCCUGUACCAUGUGUUGUACUCUGUGUUGCAUUAAGGGUCAGCUAGGCCUCUAUUGAGACUGUGAUAUGCACAAUGAAGAAAGAAAUUCAAAACUCCCAAGAGUAUUAUCCAUUUAAAAGUUAUUUUCCUAAAUUUACCUUAAAAGUGUUGAGAAAGUUUAGAAUUUCACAUGAGUAAAUGAAACAGAUAUGCUCUUCUGUACUCUAUAUACUCUUUUAAAGCCAUUAUGGAAGCUUACCCCAUAAAAGAUGCUUCUAUUUCACUAGAUGAUAUUAGAUUAUAUCAGUUUUGUGUUUUAUAGCACCAUUACAAAUUGUCAUCAUCACCACCUUCAAUGCCUAUUUCUCAUAUAAACAGACUGAAAGCUAGCAGUAGAAAGUUUUUUUGUAAGUGAUGUAACCAGGCAAUUGGCAUUUGAAUUGGAUGUUGCAGCUGUUUGUAAGAAGAAUUUAACAUGAAACUUUUAUCUGUGGUAUGGAGAUAUGUAUAUACUACCAUUUGACUCCAACCAUAUGUGGUCACCAGUUAAAUUAAUAGUGCAGUGUCACAUCCCAAUUACAAUUGUAUUUUUGCAUAAUUUUCACCAAAACCAUGGCAUAGAAAAACCAAUAUUUAAACAGUCUGUCUUCUGUGUUACAAAACUACCAUGCUAUAGAGCAUAGACAGUCAAAGUGAGAAUCCAUGUUCCCUGAAAGCGGAGUAAUUUUUCUGCUGGACCAAUGAUAGUUUAUGAUCAAUUAAUUUGACUGAAGUAGGAGUGGUAGAAUAUUCUCUUCGUACAUAUAUGUGAACACAGAUAUUUCAGGAUUCCUAGUGAUGAAUUUCACUGCAUAACUCAGUUUCAGGAGGGCAAAGCAAGGGCCCAUUAAAGACUCAUAUCUUGUGGGAUGUCAUUACCAGGGUACAAUGAUUGCUAGCCUCUAGCCACGAGUUGAGACCUCCGUGAUCAGCCGUCCGUGCAUAUUUAGUUUAUUGGUGUCAUGCACAACUGCUAUUAUUCAAACAUGUUUUGCCACAUGGAAUGAAUGUUUGUGAUAUGUAAGGUGUGUUCAUUAUUGCAUAGUUUUAUUAUACAUUAUUCUCAUGUUCAUCUUAAAAAUGGCAGUUAUUGGUUUUGUUGAUAUUAGUCACAUGGCUAUAUUCUGUACAUUUUGAGCAUCAUGGUGUGAAGAUCAAAUUGCUUUUUAUUUUAUUUUAUUUUAUUUAUUUUUUAUUUUAUUUUUUUAUUCAAAAGUCCUUGGAGACUGCAGAGUUAAAAUCAUAUCAUAUUAGUAACCUUACAAAUAGCUUUAUAGUAAAGUGUAAUGUCUUUGGCGAAUUUAGGGCCUUAUAAUUUGUUAUUGUUGUUGUUGUUUUAUUAUUGCACAAAAUGUCUUUAAAAAAUCAUAUGUUCAAGUGUUGAUAGGAUUGAGGCUGUACAUAACAGCAUUUUAUGUUCAAGUACAAUAAGUAAAAUAACAAACAUUUUGCAUAGCUUUACAUAUAGGUUAGACAUGAUUUCUUACAAUUCAAGGUAUGUUUACCAUGCACCAUUUUAACUAAUUCUCUUAUCAGAAGAAAAAUUAUCUGGAAAAUUCAACUGAGACAUGAAUGUGAAAGACAACCUACCCUGGAAGAUUGAACUGAGGUAUGAAUAUGAAAGUCAUGUUAAAAGUUGAUCACUAAACUUUACUAUGACAUUUUACAUUGGCAGUACUUGAAGAGCAGCUCCCCCCCAAAAUGAAUUGUCUAUAUAUAGUCACCGCCGACCUUAGGACCGUAGCAUAAGUGUAGUUACGCCACAUAAUGGAUGUUUUAACUAUCAUCUAUAUAUAGAUUCUACCGCAAUCUGGAGAAGUUGUAUUUCUGCCAUACAAAACUGAAGUUUUAUAAUUGUAUUUUAGUCACAUUUUUAAAGGGUAAAUGGAGUCAUUCACACCCACAGACAAAGCUGUGUCCAGGACUUGUGACCUGGAUCUAGAAUGUGUUGUAUUUCUUCAUCAUUGAUGUUCCUCAAUGAAUGGAACAUGAUUGUGUCUACAAACUCCAAAUAUGAAAUUGAAAUAUGAUAAUUAGGUUAGAGUAGACACAAAAUAUACUGCAUCCCCUCUGGUAGUUGGGAGCAGACUGAGACAUUGCUUUGAGUGUGUAUACAUGACUAAUUCUCAAAACAACGUGCACAAAAAAGUUGCCAAUUAUCAUUUUUCAGGGUCUAAGGUAUUCAGACAUUACCAACUUUAUAUAGUCUCUGCUUGGGAAAACAGGGAAUUCUUUUUCCAAAAGCAUCUAAAUAUAGUCACACAUCAACUUUUGACCGAAUUCUGGACCGUCUAUAUCUAGUUCCACCCCUGUCUAAGGGUCAAUAAUUAGAAUGAUGCGCAUGAUGAACAUACCCAAAGUUAGUUUAGAGCAGCUGCUUUUUUAAACUUAUAUCAUAUGGUAGCAGAAAUCUUGAGUGGACAUGUAGUACUCUAAACAAUUUAUGUGCAGCAUGCUUACAAUUCAAAGGCCACUGAUUUGGAUUUUACCUUUAAAGGGGAAAAUGCUGUAAAGUGUAUCUUAAUAAGAGUACUGUGUAUACCAGGGAGAGGAUCCUCAGUCACCUAGUCCUUGUACAUUAUGCAGUACUUCACACUUUGGCAGCUUGUGGGCAGCUACCAGAUACUUAGUGCUGUUCAUUGAUUUCCAGCACAUUUCUUGAUAAAUAAAACUUGUUUUUAUGUUUAUUUCAUAAUUUGGGAUUUUGUUAGGGGUUAUGAAAGUUUAUAUGCAAGAUAGAGUUGAUAAGAAUGUAUUUUAAUGUAAAUUCUGUAUGUAUGUAUUAAUGUGCAUAUAUUUUAUAGUAAAUUCUGUAUAUUUGUUUGUGUGUGUGUGUGUGUGUGUGUGUGAUUUUAUGAUUUAUAGAGUUCAUUAUAUUUGACGGAGAUACUUUUGAAAUAGUUCCAAAACAUUUAUUGGUAGAAAUGUUGGUUUUAUGUCUGAAUUUGUGAUAUUCAUUUGUAAUGUUGCUCCACACCACAGCAUCUAUAGUAAAGUUACAUUUCAGAAAAAAAAAAUACUAUAAUUUAAAAUAUUUAUCUGUAAUUCAUACUUUAAAAACUUUUCUAAACUUUUAGGAGAACUGCAAAUGUGUCAUUGCCCUAUGCUCUACACAUAAAAAAGCAGCAUCGCGCUGGGCCAAAUUUGACUGACCACAAACUAAAGCAGCCAGCUGUUGCUUUUGAGCAAAUUCACUUUCCUCACACCUGACUCAUGGUGAGCACAUGUUGACACAUUGAAGGAUUUUAGAAGAAUGAGAAUGUCCCCAUUCAACAAAAUAAAUUGCAUUAGUGGGAAGCAGCUGUACAUUAAAUUCAGGAAUGUUUGUUGCAAGAUUUUGUGUUCAUGUAAAGAUUGAGUCACAGCUUUUAGUUAUUGCUAGUCAGUAAGGGAUUCAUAAUUAUAGUAUUGUGUUCAUGUUUAGAAAACCUGUGAUAUAAUGAGUCCAUUAGUUUCCUUUAACUGAUCCCAGUAGCUUUUUUUUUUUUGGUGAUGAAGUCAGUCACAUGUAUGGGGAAAUGACAAAUUUCAUUCAGUGCUGUGAUGUGACAUCUGGCACUGACCAGUGUUUCCUCACCAACAAGAUGACAAAUUCUGGGCAAGAGUAGUGAGAUACUCUCCCACACAUUUAGUAUGGUGUGUGUGUGUGUGUGCACGCGCGUGCACGCACACAUGCAUACAUGUGUUUGUGUGUGUAUAAAGAAAACAUGCUUGUGGGCAGAGAGGCAUGCCUUGAACUUUUUGACGUCCUGACUUCUGAUUUGUAAUUAGAAGAGUUACUCUACUUUCAUUUCAUAAUGUGUUACAUAUUUUCGGUUUUUUCUCUCAUGAACACAGUACAAUCACAGGUUUUCAGCACAAAUGUGGAAAGACAAAAUCUUAUUCUGUUCUUGUGUUAGGAGCUUCAUAGGACAGAGAGUAGAUUUCUGGUCAUUGAAUUAGAGAGAGAGAGAGAGAGAGAGUUUUUUUGUUUUGUUUGUUAAUACCAAAGUGUAUAAUAUCAAUAUUUUCUAAGAGCUACAGGCCUAUGCUUUCUUAUAUUUAUGAAUGGAGUGCUGUUGGCAUUUGGAUGCCAUCAUGUGUUCAAGAUGGUAAUAUGUUGUUAUCUUGCCAUAUGUUUGUAAGUGAUUCAGGAAUUAGUUUUUGUAGUGUAAUCUUGCUGGUGCUCAUAAUCACUAAUCUUUGCAGUAAUAUAAAUAUUAGGCUUUGUCUAAGCUACCUGUGACAGUUGUAAUGAAAGUCAAAUAUAUUUUUGUUAAUUGUGCUUUUGUCCCUGUGAAAAUACACCAUAUUUUUGCUCA